AUGCUCGAGUCCAACGCGAGCUUGAGCUGCGCGGGCUGCUCCGCCGGCGGAGGCGAUGACGGGAGCACCGGCCGGCUCGGGGGCCCCGAGGCGCCGCCCCACGACCUCAGCCCCACCGGCCACCUGGUGGUCGCCGUGUGCCUCGGCUUCAUCGGCACCUUCGGCUUCAUGAACAACGCGCUCGUCCUCCUGCUCUUCUGCCGCUACCGGCUGCUGCGCUCGCCUAUCAACUGCCUCCUCGUGAGCAUCUCCGUCAGCGACCUGCUGGUGUGCGUGCUCGGGACGCCGUUCAGCUUCGCCGCCAGCACGCGCGGGCGCUGGCUGAUCGGCGGCGCGGGCUGCGUGUGGUACGGCUUCGUCAACUCCUUCUUGGGUAUAGUGUCUCUGAUCUCCCUGGCGGUGCUGUCCUACGAGCGAUACUGCACCAUGAUGGGAGCCACACAGGCCGACGCCACCAACUACAGAAAGGUGAUCAUGGGCAUCACUUUCUCCUGGAUUUACUCCAUGCUCUGGACUGUGCCUCCGCUGUUCGGCUGGAGCCGCUACGGCCCAGAGGGGCCAGGCACUACCUGCAGUGUCAACUGGACCACUAAAACAGCCAACAAUGUGUCUUACAUCAUCUGCCUCUUCUUCUUCUGCCUCAUCCUCCCCUUUAUUGUGAUUGUCUACAGCUAUGGUAAGCUGCUACAAGCCAUUAAGCAGGUGAGCAGGAUCAACACGGAGGUGAGUCGUAAGCGGGAACAGCGUGUGCUCUUCUUGGUGGUCACCAUGGUGGUGUGUUACCUGCUGUGCUGGUUGCCCUACGGCAUCAUGGCCCUGGUGGCCACGUUCGGCCAGCCUGGCCUGGUCACUCCGGAGGCCAGCAUUGUGCCAUCUCUGCUCGCCAAGACCAGCACCGUCAUCAACCCGGUCAUCUACAUCUUCCUGAACAAGCAGUUCUACAGAUGUUUCCGAGCCCUGCUGAUGUGUUCUGUUCCAGAGAGAGGUUCCAGUUACAAAUACUCGUCCAAGGGCACCAAAAUUCUCAGGAAAAUGCGACGUGCCGAUGGCCACCAUGCGACCUUCGUGGUGGCCACAGCUGGCCAACCCACUGGCUGCGCUGGAGACAGCGUCAGGCCAAAGGGCGGCUCUGAGGGUGAAGGCCAGCCACCCUCAGCAGGCCCAUCUCCAGGAACAGUGAAACCUGCCGUCUCACUCGUGGCCUAUUACAGCGGCUGAGCAUGAAGAAUGGCCAAAGUUAGCCAACCCUGUAGUCCUGCUCCGGUAGAGGUGAAGAGGUGGUGACCGGGGGAGCUGUGAGCAGUGACCCAGUGGAGCUGUGGAUCACUGAGAGCCAAGAAAGAGUCAAUAUGAUUAGUGAAGAGAAGAGUAAUGUCUGAAAGAUGACUGAUCAGCCUGUUCUGCAGAAAAGUGAUGAGCUCAGGAGGGAACUGUCUUUUUAAGCAUAAUUCAAACUUACAUGGAUAGGACACUUUAGGGCCUCACUGAUAUAUCAUUUGACUGAUAAUAUCAGUCAAUAUUGGGCCUCCACAGAAUUAUUGGCAGCGGCAAAAAUCUAGUAGAUACCACAAAGUGAUUGAAUUGAUUCUAUUUCUUUUAUGUAUAAAAUUACAGCAGUACAGGCUGAACCACCAUAAUACAAACAGCAAUAUACGUAUAAAACAUGAGCUUUAGCAUUACUUUUUAUUCUUUUAUUUCUGUUUUUUAAUUUCCCUUCACAGAAACAAUAAUUACAGCGAAUCAGGAAAAUCAGUAAGAAUGCUAGGAAGCUCCGCCCCAUUGAUAUUUAUAUCAUUUAAGAUUUUCCAUUGUUUCAGUAUAAGAAAUGUGGCAGUUAGGAACUGACAAUCAUAUCUGACGAUUCAGUUUAGCACUAAUCAGGGUUGUUUUUAGACCUGUAGUAAAUCAAAGUUCAUGUUCUGUGUUGUGGUUCUAUCUGUGUGGUUUCUCGGUAAGCCUAAUAAUAAAAGGGGAUAUCAACAUAUUUAAGGUAAAACGGAGAAGGUUUUAACUUUUGAGUCAACAGUUUAGCAGUGGAGGUCACAUUAUUGCCCUUUUUAUGUAGAGAUUCAUAUAUUUAACAUUUUUAACCAUCAGAAAAUAAGUCAGGGCUGUAUUAAGAAAGUUCUAGGAUCAGAUUUUUCACAAAUGUGUAUUACAGAAGCAAGUUUUAUCUUAAUUUAGGAAUUUUAUCUCAAGUUAGGAAAGCUUAAUCUACCUAAUGUCGUCAACCAGUUCAUCAUCUGCUGUUAUGUCUGUACCAAGUAACAGCUGAAACGUUAACAAAUGCUUGUUACUCUUUACAAUGUUUGUAAAUUUCAUGAAGAAUUGACCAAAAGAAACGGCCCAAAAUUACUUGGAAAGACGUCUGGUUCCAUUGACUUGCAUUAAAAGUAAAGUAGUUUUUCUCCUUCUCCUGUAAAGUUAUACGAGGUUGCCCUGCGAUGGACUGGUGACCUGUCCAGGGUGUAUACUGGCUUACAUACAAUGACUUCAGGGAUAGGCUCCAGCUAACGCCACAGCCCAGAAGGAUAAUCGGCUUAGAAGAUGUGUGUGUGUGUGGAUACGAGGUCUUCUUCAGACAACAGCAAUAUGAAACAUGAACAACUACGUAAUGAAAAAUUAUUUGCCUUUUUUUUUAUUUACAUCAAAUGUGUCAUCCAGUACAAUAAUGAAGCAAGAGAUGAAAAUACACUUAACUGACACCUCGAACCACCAAUGCACAUCCUCGCUGUGCUCUUUCCUUCUGGACAAACUUUAUGCAAAUGAGCUGAGUGGUGACCAAUCAGAUUGCUGACAUGUAGUGCCAUCAUUGUUUAGGUCACACCCACAGUCACACACUGAGAUGUAACACUAGAGCGCACACCAAGCGAGAAAUAAACGGCUGGUAAAACGUUAUUGCGUUAGAUUAUUUUUGGAAGUUGAAAACAACAUUAAGCUGCUUUAGGGCCCAGAGCAACCGGCAUGUGUUUUAGUGACACAACCCCAAAGAGGCCAACAGUUUUUUGUACUGUAAUCGAAAUACAGCACUCAGUUUCAGUGCACAACUACUACAGAUUUUAAAAAGUAUAUACAUAAAAUAGAAAGGAAUUUGUUUCUUUAUAACACAUGCACACAAGUUUUUUCUGUGCGCAAUACAAUAUGAAGAUUUUAUAUUUUUAGCAGUGACAAUCCUGAAAUCUGGGAGUGCUACAGCCCCCCCAGCACCCCCCACUUUCCUUAUCUCUGAAGACGUCAUCAAAAUAAUGUUAAAAUUAUAAGUUACAGCUACUGUUAUCAAUAAAAAAUGGUCAAACCAAAUUAAAGUGCAAUACACUGGAGAUUAAGAACAUUGUGACAGUGGCCUGUGCUGUCGCCACUCCCCAGUUUCAGUUUCCAUUUCCCAAAUGCUUUAGCCAGCAGCGCUGACGUUAUUCUAUAUAGUAAACACUCAAUCACUUCCCUGAAUUAUUUUAUUUAAAUUUUUUGUCUACAUUAACACACAAAGGUAAUAAGAGGAGAGUGGAGAUUGUGUCUGCAGUGUCUGUGGUUUUUAUAAAACGCAGAAUUAAAAAAAAGUCUAAAGUCAAAUCACAACAUAAAUAAAUAAGCACACAUUAUGCUAUCAGUGAACUGAUAGAAAUGGAUGUAAAAAGUUUUUUUUAGUAACUUUUAUCAAAAGUUGCCAAAACCUAAAGCCAGAAUAUACAGCCUACGUAUUUGUAAUAUUCAGCCUAUGAAAAUGUUUUCUAGGAUGUUUUGUUUGCAUUGCACCAAAAGUCCGAAGCUCUUGGCACUAAGAAGGCUGUUGGCUUCUUGAGCCUUUUAAUGAAUUAGGAGAGCUUGGCUCUAGUGGACCUGGACUGGACGUUGAGGCCUGUAUGAGCAGGUGGAUGCAUUUGGAUUGUAUUCUAUCUACUGUGACACUGCAGAACCUGGAAACAAACACAAGAGCGAGAGACUGUUGAAAAACUGCUUCAGGGGAUUACACAGCGAAAGCUGAAACCUUGUACAGGAACGUUUGAGAUUUAGGGCUAGAAAUCCUAUUAGAAAAUAAAUCAAUUUUUUACGCUUCAGCAUAAUGCUUUUACAGCGCUGGGUGAGAGUGAAGAGAAGUGUUGGAUUUACAUUUUAACCAGUCGCAUUAUGAUCAGCCCAGUUUAGUUCCGUACCCUAAACUAGACUACCUGAAUAAUCCUGCCAAUGCUUGACUAUAGGCUGUUUUGAGAAGUUUCUUAUUAUGAUUAUUAUUCACUAUAAACCCUUUAUGGCCACUGAUGAAGUAGAUUAAUGAAUGUGGUAAUGUAUACAUUAUUAGCGCAGGUCUAUGGACUGAGCUCCAUACCACUGGGUUCAAAAUGAGCACACUAGCACUUUAUGUCUCAGAAUAGAAAUUAAGGAUUACAGGCAGUUUGUACCACAGAGUAGCACAUACGAUACCAAGAGCCUCUUUCAUGUUGAUUGUUCAUGUUAAUUAUGUUAGUUAUGAAUAAUUCAUGUGAAAAUCUGGAAAUUGCUUUAGAGUAUGACUGCAGUUAUGAUGCCAUUUUUAUAUAGCAGUAUAGUGCAAAUAGGUUGUAUGUUAAAUUACAUUUGUGGAUAUCGUGUGAUUGUGUGUUAGUGGCUCGGUGGUUUUGUGUGACCCAUUUUAGUGAUUUGUAUAUUUUUGGAUUUGACGCCUACUCAACUUUUGUAGAUGUGGUUGAAUGAGAGAUUUUAAAGAGUGGACUCACAGAUCUUCUGCAGGAGUGCUACACAUCUCCAAAUGGUGAACUUGCUUGGUGUCGGAGGUUUGCUUCUUUAGUUUGGCGCUGGAGCUAUGAGGCUAAUUGGCUAACGGGUAAUGGAAGCUUAUUUUUAGGCCUCGUUUUUGCGAUGACCUUGUGCUGAUUUCUGUAAACCAUGCUGAGUUGUGAAGUGAUCUCAAAUAGACUUGUUUAUGUGGUGACACUGUACAUACUCAACCAUUAAAAUGGAGAAAAGUACAGUCUAAUUUCUGGUCUCGGGGCCAAAAGCAAUCGCAUAAGCGAGUGAAAUGACAUCAUUGGCUAAUAGAACUGUUUUUCUGCUGUAAGAAUUAAUGUUCACUUUUAUCGAAUGUAUUCUUUGCACACGUGACCCAUUUAGGGGGCGCCUGUCCCCCAGGCCCCAAUGAUGGCCACGUAAACAGGCAGGAAGACGGGCCCCGAACCCCAAGCGAGGACAAAACCCUGCGUGGACAACAGGGAGAGAAGGAGAGCUGUGAGGAAGCCCCAUCUCCGAGGCGCCGCCUCCUGUUCCGUAGCAAGGCCGUGAUCAGGGCCUGGAGAACAGGUGCACGGCCCAAGGGCCUUUUCAGUUAUGCUAACUUAUGUUUCAUCCAAGGGCUAGCAACAGGCUUGCUGAAUGAAGACAAGAGCUCUGCAUUCGGAAGGUGUUGGACUGAUUUAGAAAUUUCAUGCUCAGUUUGUUGCUACCCUAAUGAGUCUAUGUUCCCACACACAUUUAGCCCAAGAUUUACAUCUACAUAACUGACCCAGGAUAUUCUUCUUAGGCGGUCCGCAAACUUUUGUCCAUUUGUAUAUAUAACAGUGUAACAUACAAGGUCAGAAGCCACUUAAGCACGUCUGUUUGACGUUGCUAAACGACUCUGGUUAGUUCCACAAACCUAGUAGCUCCAGUGCUAAAGGAAAGAAGCAAGCUUCUGGCACCAAAUGUGUCUUGGCGGAUCAGCUACAUCCGAGUUGGGGGAAGGGUCAAAGUGAUUUUGGUCAAACUGGUACUUUAAAGUGUGGUCAGAUAAAGACCACCAUGUAGGACACGGUGAGUUCAUUCUCAGUAUGUGUAAAAAUGCAUCGCAUCGCUGCUUCAACAGUUUUCUGUCAGUUUUCAUACCACUUCAGAUGCUUUUAAGUGUGCGUCUUCUUCUUCUUACACUUGAGACAGACAAAGUGAGAUGGCCGAUUACUUUUGUUUACUUCUGAAACCUCAGUCUGUUCCGAAUGACAACAGUGCAGUUGGGUUCUCUUUGUUUAUUUGUUCUGAGUGAACACAUUAUGCAGGGUCUGAUCGUUUGGUCGAAUCACUCUGAGUCUCGUGUGUGUGUGUGUGUGAGAGAGAGUGUGUGUGUGUGUGUGUGUGUGUGAGAGAGGGAGAGAGAGGGAAUGAUGCAUCAUCAGACCAGAAGGAUGUUUAAUUCUCAACAAGAUCGAAAUACAAAAGAACCUUUUUGACAUUCUAAACUACAAAAUCUCACCUCAGUUGUAAAAUGUCAGUGACCUCAUUUGUGGAUGUUAUUUAUGAACAGGGCAAUAAAUGUAAAUAAAAUGCUCAUUUCCUUAAAUUCUGCUUCAUUGCAAACCGCGGAGGGAGUCAGUCGCCUUGCACAUUUUUAUGUAACUCAGUACCUAAAAACAGUCGAGUUUCACACUGAAAUAAGAAAGGUGAGGUGUUGAUUAUGGUGUCAGUGGCCUCCAUGUUUGGAAUAUUAGAUGUAUAUAAUGUUUGGAAUAAUAGAUGUAUAUUUGUCCUACAACUGCUUUUGUAUGGCUUGUAGUAUUAAAAUAUGUACUCUCUCUCUUUGUAAUAUUGCCCUCUCAAUAAAGAAAGAUGAA